AUUGCAGAAGAGGAAAGACCCAAUGAGACUCCAUGUGACUACUUCAAUGGGAAAUGGGUCCGUGAUGGAAGAGGCCCUUUAUACAACGGUACGACCUGCGGAAUAAUCAAGGAAGGCCAGAACUGUAUCAGCCAUGGAAGACCUGACAUAGGCUAUCUCUAUUGGAGAUGGAAACCCACACACUGCAAUCUCCCCAGGUUCGAACCCCAAUCUUUUCUUCAACUUCUCGAGCACAAGCACUUAGCUUUUGUGGGUGAUUCCCUGGCUAGAAACCAAUUAGAGUCACUUCUCUGUAUGGUAGCCACAGUUUCCACCCCCAAUCUGGUCUAUAGCAAUGGGGAAGAAAACAAAUUUCGCAGAUGGCAUUUUGCUUCUCACAACAUUACUGUGUCAGUGUAUUGGUCUCCAUUUCUGGUAAAAGGGAUUGAGAAAUCAAGCGGAAGACCGAAUAACGAACUUUUCUUAGAUCUUGUUGAUGAGAGAUGGGCAAGGGAUCUUAAUCAAAUGGACUUGAUAGUGCUUUCAAUAGGUCACUGGUUUUUGCUUCCUGCAGUUUACUAUGAGGGUGGCUCAGUGUCAGGCUGUCAUUACUGUCCUGGUUUGAAUCACACUGAAAUUGAAUUCUAUGAUAUGUUGAGAAAGGCUUUAAGGACUGCCCUUAAGAACAUAAUUGAAAGAAGAACUGUUAAUAGUGGUGAUGAUAGAGAUGGAAUCAAAGUGGUAGUGACAACAUUUCCUCCUGCACAUUUUGAAGGUGACUGGGAUAAGGCUGGCGCAUGUCCAAAGACUGAGCCAUUCAAAGAGGAAGAGAAGGAGCUUGAAGGGAUGGAUGCUGAUAUGAGGAAGGUUGCGGUUAAAGAAGUGGAAGCUGCCAAGGCUAAUUAUAAUGAGAAAUUUGAAAGGGGUUUGAGAUUGGAGGCAUUGGAUGUGACCAAACUGGCUUUGAUGAGGCCAGAUGGGCAUCCAGGUCCUUACAUGUAUCCUUUUCCAUUUGCUAAUGGGGCUAAAGACAGAGUUCAGAAUGAUUGUGUUCAUUGGUGCUUGCCUGGUCCUAUAGACACUUGGAAUGAGAUUUUUCUGCAGAUCAUCAACAAGUGGAAUGAGAAUUAGCCAUUUGUCUCAUGACAAUGAGAGAUUGGCACCUAGUUUCACUAUUAUUUAUGCAUUCAAAUUCUUGAUGUGUUUCGAGUUCUACAGAAUAAUGAGUGAGCCAUUUGUCUCAUGACAACGACAGAUUACCACCUAGUUUCACUAUUAUUUAUGCGUUCAAAUUCUUGAUGUGUUUCGGGUUCUACAGAAUACUGGUUAUCUUCACUUAGUCUGUAUCUUUGCUAUAACCUCAUUCUUGUAUGAUUGUUCUAGGAUUUAUUUUUAUAAAAUAUUUUGGUGUUAGUAAAUGUGUAAUUGAAGUUCAAACUGUUCAGUUAAUAUUUGUAAUUAUUAGAUAUGUGUUAUUUGAGGCUU